CGAAUCAAAACUUGGAAAAAAUUAGCCAAAAUAUGAUGACAAUUCAUGAAUCAGAGCUAGUUUCUUCGUUUUCCAGCUUGUCUCCAGUUAUGAAUUGGCGUAAACUGCGCAUGAUUCCACUAAUCUUCAUACAUCUUUCAUCCAUGGCGCUGGGGCAGGACAAUCCCUACAACUGCACCACCACCACCGCCUCCAAUUUCACAAACAACAGCGCCGAUCUCACUGCGUUACUCCGCUCUCUCUCCUCCAACAUCACCGACUACGGCUUCAGCCAACGGCCUCGCCCUCUGCCGCGCCGACCAGUCCCCGCACAUGUGCCGCGCCUGUAUCCAAUCCGCGUCGCGCGAGCUGCUCGAAUCGUGCCCCGGCGCGAGGCAGGCUGCGAUAUGGUACGAGUACUGCACCCUGCGCUACUCCGACGAUCCCAUACACAGCACGCGUGUCGCCGAUCCAGUUAAGAGACUGCGAAAUACACAAAAUGCUGCGAAUGGAGCUGCGUUCAAGGAGGACAGGGCGAGGCUGCUGGCUGAUCUCACCGCGCAGGCGGCUAACGGCACGUUCCAGCUCAAGGUCGGUGCGGGAGCUAGGAAUCUAUCGCGCUCUGAUUUUGCGACGAUUUAUGGACUGGUGCAGUGUACGCCGGACUUUUCGUCGGAGGAAUGCCGGAGUUGCUUGACUGAAAUUGCGGAAAUCCUUCGAAAUUUUACUUCGAUUGGAUUCAGAGUGCUAGGACCUGAUUGCGUUAUUCGCUAUGAAAGUACUAGUUGAUUUCUACAAUGAAACUAGGCUUGGGGAAUUGGGGGUAAAACUUGUAGCUUCGCAACCGCCGCUGCCGGCGACCUCGCAGCCAGGUAAUUGUACUACUCAAAUCCCUAAUUUUAAUUUGGGAAAUUC